CGGGCCGCGGCGACGGCGACAAGGGGCGGAGGCGGCCCUGCCUCAGUGGCCCAGCCCGGCGCCGGGCGCGAUGGUGUAGCCGGGCCUGCGGGCGGCGGCGGGCGGCGGGCGCGCGGGGCGAGGGCCCAGGGCCGCGCCGCCACGGGCUCGGGGACAGCGGCCGCGCGCGGAGGGGGGUCGCCGCCCCGACCCCGGCGCCGCCGCGGGAGGCCGCGCCCGCCAUGGCGGCCCGGCUGGUGCUGGACGAGUUCACGGCGCCCGCGGAGAAGGCGGCGCUGCUGGAGCGGAGCCGCGGCCGCAUCGAGGGCCUGUUCGGCGUGAGCCUGGCCGUGCUGGGCGCGCUCGGCGCGGAGGAGCCGCUGCCCGCGCGCAUCUGGCUGCAGCUGCGCGGGGCGCAGGAGGCGGUGCACAGCGCCAAGGAGUACAUCAAGGGCGUCUGCGAGCCGGAGCUGGAGGAGCGCGAGCACUACCCCAAGGCCAUGCACUGCAUCUUCGUGGGCGCGCAGGGCCUGUUCCUCAAGAGCCUGAUCCAGGACACCUGCGCCGACCUCUGCGUGCUGGACGUGGGGCUGCUGGGCAUCCGCGGCAGCGCCGAGGCCGUGGUCAUGGCCCGCAGCCACGUCCAGCAGUUCGUGAAGCUCUUCGAGAGCCGCGAGAGCCUGCCCAGCUGCCAGAAGGAGUCGGAGGUGAAGAGGGAGUUCAGGCAGGUCGUGGAGGCGCGCGCCGACAACUACGCCAUGGACUUGCUGAUCCUGCCCACGUCGCUGAAGAAGGAGCUGUUGGCGCUCACGCUCGGGGAGGACACCCUGUUUGAGGCGGGAGACGAUGACGUCGUUGAGAUCAGAGGGCCUGAACCGACGGCGGCGGGCGCACCGAGCGCGGCCGCGGGGCUGAGCGUGGACGGGGCGGCUCUGCGGGAGGAGGCGAGAAGCGGGGCCGGGACCCCCGUUUCCGAGCUCACGAAACAGAUGGACACCGUGUUCUCUAGCGCCCAAGACGCGCUCUUCCCUCCCGUCAACGGCCUGGCCCCCGAGGACGAGCCGGGCCGGGGCCGGGCUUGCCACAAGCGGCGGUCCUCGGACUCGGAGGAGCGGAACACCAAGAAGCAGUUCUCUCUGGAAAGCGUGGAGGGGGCCGAGCCGGCGCCGGACGCGAAGCCGGCCGCGGCCGCUGUCCUCGCCGACCUGUCCGAGGCGCCCGGCGAGCCAGAUGGGCUAAGCCCCGACGUGAAGGACACCACCGAGGAGAUGGAGCACACCAUCCUGGUGAACUUCUUCAAGACCAUGGGCUACUCGCAGGACAUCGUGGAGAGGGUCAUCCGGGAGUACGGGCCGUCCGCCGAGCCCCUGCUGCUGCUGGAGGAAAUCGAGAAGGAGAACCGGCGGAGCCAGGAGGAGCGGGAGUCGGCGCCUGCCACCGGGCACCCCGAGACCAGCAAAGCCAAACACAAGGGAGUUUGUAGCAGCACCAACGAGUUCACCGUGGAUUCCACCCCAAAGAAAAUGCAAGCUCACGCACAGCAAAAUACGGUGAAGAAAUUUUCUCCGCUGCCGUUCAAAGCAGAAUCAAAACCGUGUACCUCAAACUGCAGAAUGAACGCUUACAAAACGGGGCCGAUGGAGCAGAGGCCGGAGCCCUGGGGGCCGCACCCCAACUACGGCGGGAACAUGGACCUGGAAAUCGAUGGCUUUGCCCCCUCCGUCGCCCCCUCGAGCCCCAGUUUUGUUUCGAGGGGAGUGUCAGGUCACCAGCCCAGGAUUCCGGUUUUCCCCGAGAAUGGGGUGCAGCCGCACGGAGAGGCCCUGCUCCCCAACCACCUCAAGUCGGCCUGCGAGAGCCGGGCCGGCUGCCUCGGCUCCCCGCAGCCCAGGCCGAACUGCCAGCCCCUCCCGGCCACGCCGCUGCCCCCGCUGGGGCUCUCGGCCGGGUUCUCCGAUCACAUCGACUCCUCGGUGACGGGGGUGCAGAGGUUCCGAGACACCCUGAAGGUGCCCUACAAGCUGGAGCUGAAGAACGAGCCGGGGAGGACGGACCUGAAGCACAUCGUCAUCGACGGGAGCAACGUCGCCAUCACCCACGGGCUGAAGAAGUUCUUCUCCUGUCGCGGCAUCGCCAUCGCGGUCGAGUACUUCUGGAAGCUGGGCAACCGCAACAUCACCGUGUUCGUGCCGCAAUGGAGGACCCGGCGCGACCCCAACGUCACGGAGCAGCACUUCCUGACGCAGCUGCAGGAGCUGGGCAUCCUGUCCCUGACCCCCGCCCGCAUGGUCUUUGGGGAGCGGAUCGCUUCCCACGACGACAGGUUCCUGCUACACUUAGCGGACAAAACUGGUGGCAUCAUCGUAACGAAUGACAACUUCAGAGAAUUUGUGACCGAGUCGGUGUCCUGGAGAGAAAUUAUUACAAAGAGGCUGCUCCAGUACACCUUCGUGGGGGACAUAUUCAUGGUUCCCGACGACCCUCUGGGAAGGAGUGGACCCCGAUUAGAAGAGUUUCUUCGGAAGGAAGUCUUCCUUAGGGACCUGCAGCCCCUGCUCCCCGCCCUACCGGCCGUGGGCAUGUUCGACCCCAGCUUCCGGGGCCCCGGCACCCAGGCCGCCGGCACCGGCCACCAGCCCCCCGCCCGGGUCCAAGGCCCCCCGCCCGGCCACUGGCUGCCCCAGCAGCCCCGCUUCCCGCUGGGGCCCGGCCUGCCCGGCCUCCCGCCCAGCGUGCCCCUGCCCGCCCAGCGGUCCUCGGCCGAGACCAGCGAGCUGAGGGAGGCCCUGCUGAAGAUCUUCCCCGACUCGGAGCAGCGGCUGAAGAUCGACCAGAUCCUGGCGGCCCACCCCUACAUGAAGGACCUGAACGCGCUGUCGGCCAUGGUGCUGGACUGAGCGCGGCCGCGCACUGUGAAGAGGCGGCCGGGAGCCGCUGCGCGUGCAGGAGAGGAACGGCCCGAUUUGUGCAUAAACCCUGGGUUUUCAAGCCAGCUCUUUUCUACAUAAAUGAUGCUGCUAUCAGAGGACCGGUUCCUGUCGGAGGAGAGUCUGCAUUCUCUGUCUGCUCAGACUGUUUCCUAGCAGUGACUCAAGUGUAAUGACAUUUUUAUGUUUUUUAAACUAUUUUCCUUAAAGCUGAAAAUAUUGACAAAUGAAUAUGAUUAGCCUUUCUAAAUAAAACAACAAAACAAAACAAGAGCUGCUUCCUUAGGGAAGCAAGAUCCUUAAAGUAUAUUUUCUUGAGGUGACCGUCACGCCCGCCAACCUGGAGUGUGCCCUCCCCGGGAUUCCCCGCCGGAAUCCUUGGUUAGAGAGGCCGGGCGCCACUAGAGGGCACCUCGUGCCUGCCGCCAUGGGGGACCGGGCACUGUGCCCGCCCUGGCCACGCCCAGGCGCCCGCUGUGCAGGCCAGUGGGUGGGGCCGCCUCCCGGUCCAGGGCUCCGCUCCCGCCAGCACAGGCCUGGCUGUCCUGACCUGACUCCACGUCACGUCCAGCCCCCGAGGAGGACGGUGGGCGCGAGGACUGGCACAGCCCUCGCUGUGGAGGUUUUGUGUCCUCAGCCAUGGGGCAUGCCCCCUGCGAACGCUGUGCAGCUUUGCCAAAACCCACCGGUGUCUGCUUUCCAGGCGACCCAGCCAGUCAGCACCAGCCGCUUCCGCGGGGCGACCCUGCCUUCACGUUCGCUGUUGUCUCUGUCCUCAGCGGCCCUUCCCGCGCGCCUUUCUCGGACUCGAUAGCUUCGCAUCGUGUGGUCAGCUGCCCAGUUCCUGUCGGUGACUUCUCCCGGCAGCUCCUUCCCAGCGCCUUGCUGUUCCCUGAACCCACCUUCAAAGGGCUUUGUCUUCUACACCCGUCCUCCCGGGCGCCGCGGUCAGGUCCCUGUGUCCCUGCGGAUCUCCCUCUCCGCCCCCGGAGGCUCCCCUCCCCCCACCCCCCCCCCGGGAUGGUUUGGGGCUCUUCCGGGUGAGGGGCUCUGCCGGCCACGAGCAGGCAGCGUGGCCCCGGGACACCCGCUCCCUCCGGGUGGCUACGCUUCUUCCAUCGCCUUUUCUCUUGGGUGCCUUCGAGGUGCGUCUGUGGGGACUGUUGUCAGCUGUUGCUGUGGGGGGGGGGUGCCCGGGUGAGUCCCUUGAGGUGGGCCAGGCAGUGACUUCGAGCAGCAGGUGUGUGAGGUCUAGACCAGUGAUGGCGAACCUAUGACACGCGUGUCAGAGGUGACACGCGAACUCAUUUUUUUGGUUGAUUUUUCUUUGUUAAAUGGCAUUUAAAUAUAUAAGAUAAAUAUCAAAAAUGUAAGUCUUUGUUUUACUCUGGUUGCAAAUAUCAAAAAAUUUCUAUAUGUGACACGGCACCAGAGUUCAGUUAGGGCUUUUCGAAAUGCUGACACGCCGAGCUCAAAAGGUUCAUCACUGGUCUAGACUGUCUGGCCGUGACCCUGACCUUCGAGGUCCAGGCUUGGCCCGGCGGCCUUGCCAAUCCCAGAUUUCUGUUUCCCAGAAGGACCCGGGCGCACCUGGAAGGGGCGGGGCCUCGCUGCUGCCAGGUGGAGCUGGCUGGGCUCCUGCAGCGGCCUGACCUCUGACCGGUGGGUGAUGUUUGGUCUGUGGGCUCCGCCUGCCCCUUUCUCGGGUGCGGGAAGGGAAAGCGCCAGGCUGUGGCGCACAGAAAAGCACUCCUUAGGCGUCCUGAUACGUCACAGCAGGAAACGCGGUUCCCAGUCUUUCCGAAACCCCUCAGGUUUCGUUCAUUUUCCUAUUCGAAACCUCAGUUUUCAAACCAUUAGACAGUCCCCACCUGUCCGAGCUUCCCCCCGAUCUCAGCCCGGGGUUGACGGGAAUGUUUCUCGGUGGCCCGCCCGCCUUGGGGGCAGCUUUCGUGCCCAGCGGCUCUGCGUCCUGCUGUCCACAGCCUUCCUUCCCAGGAGUCGGUGCGAGGGCAGGACCCCCACCCCCCCCAGAAGGCUGUCCGCUGUCAGAGGGUGUGGGUGGUGCUGACUCCCGGGCGGGCUCUGCCCCAGGCCCCAGGCUCUCUCCCGGGGAGGGCGCUGGUCUGACCUCACGGCCUGUGUUCGAGACCCUUGAGGCUGAAGAGCAGGGAGAAGGCACCAGCCAUCCCCGUGGUGGUGGCCGGUCAGCGCCCGCUGCUGUGUGGUGGGGACUCGCAGGUGCAGCCGCGGGGGAGGAGGGAGGGGAGGAGGGAGGGCCUCCGUCUGGCUCAGGCUUGUGGCCUGUGGAUCUGAUCUGCCCUGGAGGGCGCUGCUCUCUGGGAUGCUCUGAGCACCCCCCGCCCUGCCACUCCCCUAGGUCCAGCCUCCCCCCCCCCCCCCACACGCACACCUCGGAGCUGGGCCUGCCUCUGGCAGCCCUUCCCCGCACCGCCCCGUCCUCCCUGCCUCGCUCCCUCGCUCCUCCUCUUGCUGGUCAGCAUCUACCUCCUCGUGACCCUGCACAUGUCAGCUCCUUUCGAUGACAGUAACAACCCGAUUCCCUAAAGAAUCAUCUUCGUUCUCCCCGCACCGCCCGGCUGCGCCUCUGGCCCCGCCCACCUGGUGGGACUGGUGUGGGCUCCCUGCAGGGCCGCCCUUCCUCAAGCCUCAGUGACCGUGGCCGUCCACCCGCUGACCUUCUCCCUGUGAGCGAGGGCCCCUCCUGAGCCUCCUCAUGGCUCCCCUUCUCUUCCCUGGGGCCCAGCCUCACCACCCUCUUUCCCCUCAGACUUGGGAGCAGCGAUGGGGCUCGGUCGGGAGGGGCUCUCGCUGGCGGUGGGGGUGUCCGGGCACCAUCCCCAGGGCUGGGUUCCCAGCAGCGCUGCCCCUUCAGCCCCUCCCCGGACGAUGCCCAGGCAGGUGGCCCUCCGACCACAUUUUGAGAAACUUGCCAAUGUUACCUUAGGACUCCCCGCUCCUCCCUAAUUCUGCGCCCCAUCCCCCCCCCCGUGCGCCCUUCAGGGGGGCCUUUCUAGCUCUACCUGAGCCCGGGGACAGCCUCCGACAACCCCCAGGUCCCCGUCCACUCUGCCCCUUUCUUGCCAUGUGACCACCAGCCGUGCCCCCGCGGCCCCCUCCUGGUUGGCUUCCAGAGGCACCUCUUCCCGCCCAGGGUGCUCAGAGGCGCAGGCCAGCACCCAGCUCAGCCCCCGCGCCUGCCUGGUGUCCCCCGGCCCCGUGUUCGCCCACGUGGUACAGCCCCGCCCAUGCCCGCUGCAGCCGCGCCUUCCUCGGCCUCCGUGGGCCCCGCCUCGGUGGGCACCUCCCCUCCCGAUGGCCCCCCUCGGGCCGGAGCCCACGCUGUACCCCGCCCAGCGCUGCCCCGAAGCAGCCCGCGUCCCGGACCCGCCGCCCCGCCCGCCUCCGCACCUGCAGCGCCAGCUGAUGUCACUGCCGCCGACUGUACGCGUCUCACUCCCUCUAGACUGUGAGCUCCUCGCGGGGCAGGGACGUCUGUGUCGCUCUGUAUCCCGGCACCUGGCCCAGUGCCUUGCACUUAGGUGCCCAAUAAACGUCUGCUCCACUGA